AAAGAAACCCUUGAUAAAAAGAAUGAACACUCCUCUUCUAAUCGUGCUUCUUCUUUUUCUCUCUCUCUCUCUGUAGAUUUCUACACUGAAAAUCAAGUUUCUGACAAAAUGGAAGCAAACCAGUUAUACGGUUUGUCUACGCUUGUUGUUAUUCUACUACUGUCGCUGACUUCGACAGUGACAUCCAAGGACGAGGUUGUUUCCUGUACAAUGUGUUCUUCCUGCGACAAUCCUUGUAAUCCCGUCCAAUCAUAUCCUCCUCCUCCGCCUCCUUCUCGUCCACCACCGUCUCCAUCAACCACCACCGCAUGUCCUCCGCCUCCUUCUCCUCCUAGCUCCGGCGGUGGUGGUGGUAGCUCUUACUAUUAUCCUCCUCCUUCUCAGUCCGGUGGCGGCAAAUACCCUCCUCCUAGCUCCGGCGGUGGUGGUGGUAGCUCUUACUAUUAUCCUCCUCCUUCUCAGUCCGGUGGUCAAGGUUAUUACUAUCCUCCACCAUAUUCAGGAAACUAUCCUACACCGCCUCCGCCAAAUCCGAUCGUUCCUUACUUCCCUUUUUACUAUCAUACGCCACCACCAGGUUCUGGAUCAGACCGUUUUAUGGGUUCUAACUCUGUUCUCUUUGCUCUUUUCGCCGUCUUCCUCUGUUUAGUGUGACAGAAAAUAGUCGGAGUUGGCCGGAAAAUACCAAAUAAUGUGAUAUAUCUGAUGCUGGAUCCAAAUGAUCAUCUUUUACUUUCUUUAACCUUUUCUUGUGUGAACAAUUUGUAUUUAAAUUUUCUUGUUAAUUAACAUUUUGAUUACUCGCUAUUCAGAAAUAAAGCAUUGUUACUUUCUAUGCGUUA